UUUUAACGGAAAUAAAUGCAAUAUAACUUAUCUCACACUUCAUUUUCCACAGAGCAUUUGAUUCAAAGAGGAAUAAACGCUGGGUCAGGAUUUUAACAUAGGUAGACAUGGAACAGUUUCAUUUUAAUAGUCUUCCAGGCUGCACACUGUGUAUGGUUUUCAUCAUGGGGGUAUCAUUGUUCCACAAUUCGGCGUCUACUGCCCAAAUGUCAACUGUCGGAAAGUAUGAGAUUCAAUAUUGUCAUGAAUUGAACUUCUCAGAGGACAACCGGAACUGUGGUGGCUUUUAUGGUAAUGUAUCCAGAAUCAUGAAGACCUGCCGAGAGAAAAAUUACAGUAAUAGUUGUAACGUGUAUACUAACCCGGAAGAUGAUAGUAUAUUUUUCUGUAUGAAAACUAAAGGAGUUUCACAAUGCAUCAACAUUCUCUGUAAUUCAACAUUUAAAAGAAACACGGAUAUGAAUGCAUUGGAAAGAAUUGACACUGAUAUAUUAAGUCCAUCCUGUAUGUAUAAGUAUGCUACGAUGGAAUUCAAGGAUUGCGUCACCAACUUGAGUGAUGCAGAUAAAACGAGGGACCAACCAAAAAAAAUGCGUGAAACUACUGAAAGAAGAAACCAUACAAAUUUAAGCGGAAGAGGAUGGCUUAUGUUAUUGGCAGCUUUCCUGACCGGAGUUAUGAUUUCCAGCAUAUUUUUCUAUUUGAGAGAUUGGAUUCGUAAACGCUGGAACGCCAGACAUUCUUUAACGUCUAUAUCUGUGCAGACUGAGGACUCCUAUGCUACCAAUGAGGGAUAUCUAAAUGCAGUUUAUACGGAUAUUUCAAAUUUGCAAGAGGAAGGGUCUAGCAAUGAUGAUGCCUCAACCAAUUCAAACAUCCUUGAUCCAGGGAUGUAUUCUGGUAUCGACACGGUUAUACCCGAUGUAUACAAUUAUUCAAGGCCCGAGGAGGAACAGCAAAGUGAUACGUACAACUUUUUGAAAGGAUCAGAAGAACGAAUGCUGAAGAUGGGGAGAGUAGAAAAUGUGCAGAAUGAAAAGACCUUAAAUGAUACGUUAUUGACAUUGGGUGAACAGUCACCCCUUACGGAAAACAAAAACGAAGACAUGCAACAAUUAUACUUCUGUUUGGAGAAGAGAGAAGAUGUCACGUUAUUCAAAGAAACGUCUUGUUAAAGGAUUACAUUUGGAUUAGGACUAUAAUUAAUUUCCUCAAAAUGAAUUUGAAGUGCUUGAAACAAUGUUUACGUUAUUCUGAUGAUCUGUAGACAUUUUUGUUUCUUUGUUUAUUUGUUAACGUCUUUUGAAUAUUUUAUUUACUCGUAAGACGUCAAUAGCUACAGAUGUAGUGCUACAGAUUUAGACUUGCACAGAAUCACUAGGAUGGUAACAAUGGCGAUUUGGUAUAUUAUCAACGCUACAUAGAACCCACGACUCGAGCUCUUACUUCUAAAUGCCGAGUGUUUGGCAAAGAGGCAAUUACUGCCACAAAGCAAAACCACUAACCAUUUACCCAUGUUUUAAACAUAUACUAAAAUUACUUGACAAUCCUGACAUAUAAAACAUGUCGAAUUCUGAUUAAAAGGUGCAGCAAAA